AUGUCCGGGAGGCGGACGCGGUCCGGCGGGCCCUACCAGGGCUCCGAGCCGAGGGCCUCACUUCCUACUCAGGCUCUGCGGAGGUCUCAGCGGAAAUCCGGCUCUGAUCUUCCCACCAUCCUCCCUGACAUCUGCCCGAAGGAACCUCAUGCGACGCCACUCAGAAAGCCCAUCGUCUUGAAGAAGAUUGUGGCUCAUGCUGUACAGAUCCCAGCUGUGGACUCGCCUCGGAGGAGCCCUCGGAUUGCGUUUUCCUUGGAAAAAGAAAACAAUCCUCCUACCAAGGAGCCCACGAAGGCAGACCUCUUCAAGAAAUACAGUGUCCCUGCCACUCCUGUGCAAAGCCCAGAUGUUGUUGAAUCCAACUCCAGCGAAGGAGACCUGGACACCAGGGACUUGGACAUGUCCAAGAAGGUCAGGCGGUCCUAUAGCCGGCUGGACCCCCUCUGUGCCUCCACCUCCACCUCCACCCCGGGCCGCCCAUCCUGCUUUGGCUUCGAGAGGCUGCUGGGGACAGAAGACCUGGCUGGAGUCUCGCCUUUGGUGUGUUCAAAGUUAACCGAGGUCCCCAGGGUCCCUGGGGAUCCUUUGGUCCCAGAUACGACUCUCCCUGGAAUUUCCCCGCCCGUGAAAGAGAAGAAGAAGAAGAAGAAGGUGCCGGAGAUCCUGAAAUCGGAGCUGGAUGAGUGGGCUGCAGCCAUGAAUGCUGAGUUUGAAGCUGCUGAGCAGUUUGAUCUCCUGGUUGAAUGA